AUUGAUCUAGAUCUCCCUAUAUCAUAGUACAAAAUGUAUAUACAAUAGGAUAGGAAUACAACGGAACAUACAGAACUGCUUUACCCCCAUGGACCCUCGGAUUCUCCUCCUAGCCACCCUGUGUCUGGGCGUGGCCAUUGCCGUACCCAUAGCAAUGCAUGAUAUUCAGAUCACCUUCAACAACAGCGGCUUGGUGUGGCGGGACUCCAACAAGAUACCACUGUACGAUAGAUACCAGGGCAGGGUCUGGGGGUGUGGGCGGAUGUGGUCCCUCACCCCCUGGAAGAAGUUCACGCUGUUCUCCGAGGGGCAGGUGGCGGGCCGAUCCUGUGGGACGGAGUUCGUGGUCAGUGAGACCGGCAGGUGUAUGAACAAGGUCUGUGUCGGUCCGGAGAUUCUACACAUCGACAAGAACGGGAUAGAGAUCAAGUUUGAGAACAUGUACAAGAACGAAACGAAAACCAUGAGCCACAUCGACAUGACGAUGCAGACCAGGUGUUUCUCUGGUAAGAGCCUGAUGUUCACGGUGACCACGGACACGACCAUCACACUGCCCUCCAACGACUUCAGAUUCAAGUUCAUCGUGUACGCCGACUGUUCCGGGGUUCCCAAGGACGUCAUCAUGGAGUCAGAUAAAGACUCAGAAGAGUUGUCGAAAACAGCUGAGCUGAAGGCUGCUCAGACGAUGAACAUGGUCCUAGGAAUCGUCACGGCGGGCUGUAUCUGUGUGGUGUUCCUCAUCAUCUUGUUGCUGAAUUACUGCUACUUCCGGAACAACCCUGACCUCAAGCAGCACCACCACUCAGGUCGGAUCAACGCGCCUACGGUGGAUGUAUGGCCGGUUUUAAAUCUAGAGCUGGUCCAUGAUUUAUUUGAGUGUUUGGUGAUUUUCUUGGAUUGUUGCUAAAUGAACUGCGUUAUACUUUUGGAGUUACUUCUUGUAAGCAUCAAGCAUGUAUCAGAAAUGAGGGUGUUACUUUUUUCAGAGUUAUUGUCAGAUGUGCACAAUCCAGUUCAAGUUAUAAUGUUUUCCUUUAAAAGUAUAAACACAGGUUUAUGCAUUUCAACAAACGAUUAUGAAUUGUCAAACAAAUGUAUGAAUAUAGAUGUUGCAAAAAGAUGGGUUAUUGAUGAAAAGGUCACUUACCAUAAUGUUGUAGAUAGUAAAAUAUCUCUUAUCAAUACUCUGGAGGAUAGACUUAAAUGUUGCACAACUGAACAUGUAUCUUUGGAUUAUACUAAUAAUAAUAUUGUAGAAGAAACUGGUAAUAUACUUGUACAAAGUGCAAAAGAAGUUUUUGGUACACAAAAAAUGUAUUCAUAUGAUAAAAAUCCCAAGGCUUUUAAGAAACCAUCGUUUACAAGAGAAUUCAAAUCUGCAAGACAAAAUUUUAGAAAAGCAAAAAUAUUAUAUAAAAAAUAUGGUGGGGAAAUAUUUAAAAAUAAUUUGUAUGAAAAAGAAAGAUUAUACAAGAGGAAACUAAAACAUGCAGAGGGUCACCAUAGAACAAUAAUAAAAAAUAGACUAAAGUAUUUGCGAACAAGAGACCUGAAGGAAUAUUGGAAAAUUCUCAAUACUAAUUGUGGUAAUAAGUCAACUUGUAAUGCUGACUUGAAGGAUCUUUUUGAUUUUUAUAAUAAAUGCUAUAAUACUGAAAAUGUACGACAUGUGAACAUAUUUUAACUGAAAAUGAACUGAAAUUGUUACCCGAUGGGGAAUUUAAUAAUUUUAUUAAUCAGCCAAUUCUAAGUAAUGAAAUUAGUAGAUGUAUUAAAGCACUGAAAAAUUAUAAGUCAUGUGGAAUUGACAGGAUUUUUAAUGAAUAUAUUAAAAACACAUGUGACAUUAUGCUUAAUCUUUAUGUGAAGUUAUUUAACAUGAUUUUUGAAACUGGAAUUAUACCUUCACAGUGGAUACAUGGAAACAUUAUCCCAAUUUAUAAAAAUAAAGGUAACAAUACUGAUCCAUCAAACUAUAGACCAAUCACACUAAUAAGCUGUCUUGGGAAAUUAUUUACUUCUAUCCUCAAUGAAAGAUUGACUGAGUAUGCAAAUAGAGUAGAACUUACUUUAGAAAAUCAAGCUGGCUUUCGUAAAGAUUAUUCGACUAUUGAUCACAUUUUUUCGUCAUAUUCUGUGAUAGAAUUAUACAAGACAUUCAAAAUAAAAUUAUUUUGUGCUUUUAUAGAUUUUGAAAAGGCUUUUGAUUCAGUUUGGCGUGUUGGUCUGUGGAACAAAAUUUUGUUGAACACUAUUGAUGGCAAGUGUUUAAACGUUAUUACAAAUAUGUAUAAGGGAAUUAAAUCUUGUGUAACUGCCAAGGGUUUAACCUCUGAUAUGUUUCCUUGUACAGUGGGUGUUAGACAAGGUGAAAAUUUGUUACCUUUUAUUUGGACUCUAUCUUGACGAUUUAGAAGGAUUUUUAUCAACAAAUGAUGUAGAGGGUUUGACAUUACUAUCAUACCAAUUAGAAAACAAAUGUAAUUUAUAUCUAGGACUUUUUGUAUUAUUAUAUGCAGAUGAUACAAUAUUAUUAUCAGAAUCUCAUGAUGAUCUUAAAUAUCAACUUGAUGUUUUUCAAAGAUAUUGUAAAAGCUGCCAUCUCAAAGUUAAUAGUGAUAAAACAAAAAUUGUCAUUUUUAACAAAGGUAGAUCACAUGUAGAUAAUUUAUUUAAGUAAGGAGACAUUAGUUUAGAAAUUGUAGAUAAUUUUAAAUACCUUGCAGUACAUUUUUGUAACAAUGGAUCAUUCAAUCUCAAUGUGAAAGAACUUUGUGAAAAAGCUACUAGAGCUAUGUAUAGUGUAAUAGCCAAAUGUAGAAAACACAAUAUGUCAAUUGAUUGUAAAUUAGAUAUGUUUGACAUAAUUGUGAAACCUAUUUUACUAUAUGGAUGUGAAGUUUGGGGAUUUGGUAAUAUAGCACUGGUUGAAAAGUUACAUCUGAAAUUUUGUAAACAUAUCUUCAACCUAAAGUCUUCAACACCAAAUUGUAUGGUUUAUGGGGACUCUGGACGAUACCCUUUUUAAUUAAUGUGAAAGUCCGCAUGAUAGCAUUUUGGAGUAAACUUGUCUUUUCACUAAAUAAUAAAGUUUCGUCAAAACUACAUUAUGCAAUGGGUAAAAUGAACAGACCCUUGUAUAAAUUUAUUGUUAAAAUAUGGAAUGAUUGUGGUCUAUCUCUUAUUUUUUUUACCAACAAAAUGUAAAUACCCAGUGGCUAAAGAAAACUGUUUUUCAUAUACUUCUAUAGACCAAUUCAAGCAGUCAUGGAAUAGUGAAAUGUAUAAUUCAUCAAAAGGUAUCAACUAUAGAAUUUUUAAAGCCACAUUUUCCUUGGAAAAAAUACUUAUUAGAUCUGCCUUCCAAAUAUCAGAAUUUUUUUUGUACUUUUAGAACAAGAAUGCUAAAUUGCUAUAGAACGAAGUAGAUGGUAUGAUAUACCUCGUGAAAACCGUAUAUGUACCAUAUGUAACUGUAUUGAGAUAGGAGAUGAAUUUCAUUAUUUAUUUCAUUGUACAGAUCGAUAUAACAAUGAUAAGAGAGUUUUAUACAUACUUUCAUACUUCUACACACAACCAAAUGUUAGCUGUUUAAUACUAAUAAUAAAAAAUUGUUGAUUAAUCCGUGUAAAUUCAUUUAAGUUAUAAUUGAGAGAGUAAGCUCUCUAGGAUAAUCGCUAAUCAUACUUUUUUUCCCUUUUUUCUUUUUUCCACUUUGUAUCGUCACUCUCCAAUGCAUGCAGUGUAUGUAUUAUAUGUUUUAUUGUUUAAUUGAUUUUUCCCAACACUGUAAUUUAUGCAGUUCAGAGAGUAAAGAAAUUGUCAUUGUCAAUUGUCAUUGGUAAAAAGGUCACUGAUGGUGGGAAGUUUAAAUAAAGAUUAAAGUUAGCACAGCACGAUCAAUGAUUGGUGGAAUAUUAGAUUUGACGAUUACAUUGAGCAUUACGCAAUCAGUGAUUGGUGGAAAAUUGAGAGGAGACAAGACCAUUAAGGAAGUGAUGAAGGAGAUCAAAUAGCCAGUUUUUGCAAUUUUGUGAAGAUGUAGAAAAGAUUUCAAAAUUUACGAAGUGGUCUUGACUUUUGUUUUUGUAGUUGUAUUUGUAUGGAUUAAUUUCAGAGAUUGUUUUGUGUGUAGUUGCCAUUCUAAAUGUGAAUAUGUCUGAGUACAAUUAUAACGUAUUUGAUAUUACAAGAACGGUUAUAUGUGAUAAAUACGGACAUGAUUUUAUUUCAUGUGUAUGAUUUUCAAACGAUGUGUUAUAACAAAGUUGAAUUGUAUAUAUACAGUGAUAUUGCUUUAUAGCUGAAAUCAGGUAGAAAUUUUCGUCAUUUUUGACUCAUUUCUCUUAACACUUGUUUGUGAUUAGAACAUUGAAUUCAUAAUAAAAAGGAAAACCGUUAAUUACUACCGAUUACCGGGACUUUUCAUUUGCUUAUUUUCACGCUUUUUCGAAUCAAAAAGGACAUCAGAAUUCAGAAACAAUCAUA